UGUCAUAUUUAAUGCUAGUCAUAAUGGUGGUACUUGAUGAGCCAAUUGUUUCUGAGGUGGUAGUCAUUGUGGAAAAUUUGAGAACCACUGAUAGGCUACAGAGAAUUGGACUACAACUCCCAGUUUCCGCAUGUUUGAGUAACUUACAAUUUCCGUUUCCUGUCUGUCGGACACUUAAAAAAAUAUCCUAUGUUGUGUUUUUUAAGCUGAAGCUUUAUGUCAGUCAGAAAACUGUAUGCUGGUUUUCAUGCUGCAUAAUCUGUGCAUUAUAUGUGACCUCUGCUUUAAAGCGCCCAGAUGAUGACGACGUGGAGACACCUGCCGCGGUACCUAGUCACAAGAAGGGGUGCCUCUUCUUCAGCGUGUGCGGGAGCUGUUAAUUUCGUUCCCACGAGCCGCUCCAUUGAACCCAGCGAUUUGGAACGGAUUCAGGCUUUUGUGUCACGUGCGCGAUGCCUCUUCGUUAUCACUGGUGCUGGACUUUCCACGGAGUCAGGAAUCCCCGACUACCGCUCAGAAGGAGUUGGUCUUUACGCGCGAACGGAUCGGCGGCCAAUGCAGCAUGUGGAGUUCUUGCGCAGUGCCAAAUCUCGACAGCGCUACUGGGCGCGCAACUAUAUGGGUUGGCCACAGUUCUCCUCACACAAGCCGAACUCUGCCCACUUGGCCCUGCGGGACUGGGAAGCACAGGGGAAAGUACACUGGUUGGUGACGCAGAAUGUGGACGCGUUGCAUUCUAAGGCUGGCCAUCAACGUUUGACAGAGCUGCAUGGCUGUACACACAGGGUGGUGUGUUUAGGUUGCGGGGUCCUUACUCCCCGAGAGGAUCUGCAGAGGCGCUUUACUGAGAUGAACCCUGGCUGGGCCGCCGAAGCAGGGUCAGUAGCACCAGAUGGAGAUGUCUUUCUGGAAGAUGAACAGGUGCUGCACUUUAGAGUGCCCUCAUGCCAAAGCUGCGGAGGCAUCCUAAAGCCAGAGGUCACUUUCUUUGGAGAUUCAGUUAACCGGUCAACAGUGCAGUUUGUGCAUGAAAGGCUAGCUGAGUCGGACGCAGUGCUGGUUGCAGGCUCCUCUCUGCAGGUGUAUUCAGCGUACCGCUUCCUCCUUGCGGCGAGUGAGAAACUGAUCCCUGUAGCAAUCCUGAACAUCGGGGCCACGAGGGCAGAUCACAUGGCCGAGCUACGAGUGAGUGCCCGCUGUGGAGAGGUGCUCCCUGCUAUACAGCCUUGUUGACCUCUGAUCGCUCUACGUCACUAAAUGAAAUGGAGACCUCUGGUGUCCUUUAGAGCACAACCAGUUUCAUACAGAAACAAAAAACAACUUUUGUAUUUUCCAAUGGUUUCUCUCAGGAAAUACAUUUGAGAUAGUGCCAGGUCGUGUAAGAGGCCUAGAGACCUAGUACUGACACAAAGGAAUUACCUCAAAGAAUGAACACCACAAUAUGAAUAACUAAAAACUUGCCGUUACAAGAGGGGACAGACUGAUAUUCAGAUGCAGUGCUCCAUUUUAUGCAAACGUUUUACAGGUCCUUUGGGCUUGUAUACAAUAUUAUGUAUGUUUUGAACUGAAUCAGCCUGGACUGGACUUACACUGGACAUAUGACAAUGUCAUAGAACCCAGUGGAACUGUAAAGGGACAUGUUAUGAUCCACUUUUGCUCAUUAAUGAAUACCAACAUGCAGUAAAAGAAGAGGAAAGGAUAUUUGUUUGUAUUUGAAGGCAAAUAACGGACUAGGGUGAUAAAAGAGAGUAAAAUCUGUAUAACAUUUGUCUGAACUACCUACAUUUGUCAUAAAUGGUUAGAUGGUUCUCCUCCAUUCUUGAAUGUGCAAUAAACAGAUUGAAAUUA